GGCCUGGUUGCAAGGCCAUCCGUUUCCCUGAGAACGCUUCGCCAAGCUUUAUUACAUAAAUCCAAGACCUGGCACUAAGGUUUUAAAGCAAUAGAAAUAUGAUUGGAAGAUGUAUUCUUGUAACUGGUGGAGCGGGUUAUGUCGGUACACACACAGUUGUAGAGCUUGUUAACGCUGGAUACGAUGUUGUCAUCAUCGACAACUUUGUAAAUGCUUUCAGUGAGAGCAUAAAAAGAGUGCAGGAAAUAACAGGAAAGGAGCUGAAAUGUUUCUCUGUUGAUUUACUCAACAAAGAUGCUAUAAAAGAUGUAUUCAGCAAACAUGAUUUCUAUGCUGUGGUUCACCUGGCAGCUCUAAAGGCAGUUGGCGAAUCAGUGCAAAUUCCUCUGAGAUAUUAUCACAAUAACAUCAUGGGCUCUAUAAAUCUGCUGGAGUGUAUGAAGGAACAUGGGGUUUGGAAUUUUGUAUUCUCUUCCUCUGCUACAGUUUAUGGUGUUCCAAAUUAUCUCCCUAUCAAUGAAGAACACUCAGUAGGUGAUGGAAUAACAAAUCCUUAUGGACGAUCCAAGUUCUUUAUAGAAGAAAUUAUUAAAGAUCUAUGCAAAGCUGAAAAGAAAAUGAAUGCUGUACUGUUGAGGUACUUUAAUCCUGUUGGAGCUCACAAGUCAGGAAAAAUUGGUGAAGAUCCUCAGGGUAUUCCUAAUAAUCUCAUGCCAUAUAUACUUCAAGUUGCUGUGGGAAGAAGAUCUCAUCUAAAUGUGUUUGGUGAUGAUUAUGACACCAUUGAUGGAACAGGUGUGCGGGAUUAUAUCCAUGUGGUUGACUUAGCUGUCGGACAUGUUAGUGCUCUUAAGCAAUUUGAAAACAGUUGUGGAUGCAAGAUCUACAACCUUGGCACAGGAAGAGGAUACUCUGUUCUUGAAAUGGUGAAAGCUGUUGAAAAAGCCUCAGGAAAACCAGUUCCAUGCAAAAUUGCUCCACGUCGUGAAGGAGAUGUAGGUGCUGUGUAUUCUGAUGCUUCAUUAGCAAAGAAAGAGCUAGGCUGGACAGCAUGGCGGGGAUUAGAUGAAAUGUGUGAAGAUUCAUGGAGAUGGCAAUCACAGAACCCAGAUGGAUUCAAAACUCAAAAAGAAUAAGUUGUAGCUGUGUUAACUGAUAUUGUAUCAAUAGAUAGAUGCAAAUAGUCUAGUUCUUUUAAGUGUGGAAUAUCUUAGACAGGUGAAUUAAGAGAGGUGUGUUUAGCCCAUUUUCACCAGGGAACCUCUUAGAGGGACUUGUUUGAUGACCAGGUACAAUACUGCCAGAAACUUAAAACUUGGUAUUAUGAAAAAUUAGAGGUGAUUUACUACUUUAAUUUCCAAGAAAUGAACUCAAGAUGAAAAUUUCUAUAGAAAUGAAGAAGAUAUUAUCUAGAAUCUCAAAACUAUUAUUUACAGUACAGAUAUAAUGACAUCCAUAGACACUAUUUGUAGUUCUUAGUGGGGCUUCAUGAGUACAAACCAAUGGAGUAGUUAUUUUCAAUAGUUAAUAUAUUUUUUGAACAAGUUUUCACUUGAUAUGGAGAGGGAAUAAAGAUAUACCAAGAUAAACAGUGUGGAGUGCCACACUUGCCUAGUUGUUUGUGUUGCUUACAGGGUAGAAUGGAAAAAUUAAAUUACAAAAAUAUUAAAAAUAGUAAAACUGCAAAUAUAUUGCAUCUUUGAAAUAUUUCAAAAUACAGCUCUCCUAAAUGAUUUCCCAACAUGUGUGGUAAGUUGUAAUCUUUUUUUAUCGACUUGGUUCUGCUUCUAAGAAUGCUGUUUUAUGUUAACUUUAAAUCUUCGCAACAGGCCCAUUGAGCAAGUCGUUAUUGGGAGAUCUGUGAAAUAGUAUUAAAAUAAAUAUCUGAUGAAACAUGGUGCCAGUUCAUCAAGAGCCACUUAAUCAGUGUCAAAAUCUGUAAAAUAAUCCUGUGGAGUACAAGGACCCAUUGAAGGACCAUGAGUAUGGGUGUAACAUGCUUGUGGUUUUCAGUCAAGGUAGCAAGUUGACAAGCCCCUAAAUUCUGUGUUUAAAUCUGUUGAUCAGAUACUUUUUGAUGCUGUAAUACAAGAGACAAAAAAGA